AUGCCGAGAAAAAGUUUAAACAGGCAAUCGGCGCCGUUGCAGGCACUCGGGAGCAAGUUCGGCAGCAGAGAAGAAGAGAAUGUUAGAGAUGAAGAUAACGAGAACAAAGCAGAUGAGAACUCUGGGUUGGGAGUCAGACCAUGCGUCGGUUCGAAUCCGACCAGUUCCUCCAAAAAGUCUUUGCGUGCUAAUUCGUUACCAACUCGUUCGCCCCGCGCUACUGCUCGAACCAAUUUACGAGGACUGAGUCGCGGACCAGGAUUAUAA